GCUACACCUUCUAGCCACUGGAUGUCCCUCUACCAUAUUUGUCAGCGCCACCACAGAAGAAGAAACCACAUCUCACCAUGGCGGCUGUCAUCCGAGGAGGCUUGGUAACAUUGGCCAAGGGCCUGAGUGGCCCCCGGUGGCAGCAGCUGGCCUCGCGACCAUUCAGUGCUACUGCAAGUUUGUGUGGCAUUGAUACCUCCCCCGCCCGUGCUGAUGCAACCUUUAAGGUCACUAUGGUACCAGGUGAUGGAGUUGGACCUGAACUGAUGUCUGCUGUUAAGGAUGUGUUCAAGGCUGCAGAUGUUCCAGUAGAAUUUGAGGAGUUUCACCUGAGUGAAGUUCAGAACAUGGCAAGCGAGGAGAAAUUGGAGCAAGUCUUGACUUCGUUGAAGAACAACAAAGUGGCCAUUAAAGGAAAGAUUCACACUCCCAUGGAGUUCAAAGGAGAAUUGGCUUCAUAUGAGAUGAGACUGAGACGUAAACUGGACCUCUUUGCCAAUGUGGUUCAUGUGAACAGCCUCCCAGGUUACAAUACUCGCCACAACAACCUGGAUCUGGUGAUCAUUCGUGAGCAGACUGAGGGAGAGUAUAGCUCCCUGGAGCAUGAGAGUGUGAGUGGUGUGAUUGAAUGUUUGAAGAUCAUCACACGAGAGAACUCGAGACGCAUCGCCAAGUUUGCAUUCGACUAUGCCACAAAAAAAGGCCGGAGCAAGGUCACUGCAGUUCACAAGGCCAACAUCAUGAAACUGGCUGAUGGCUUGUUCCUGCAGAGCUGUGCUGAGGUGGCGCAGCUGUAUCCAAAGAUCAAAUAUGAGAACAUCAUCAUCGAUAACUGCUGCAUGCAGCUGGUCCAGAACCCGUACCAAUUUGAUGUCCUGGUGAUGCCAAAUCUCUACGGAAACAUUAUUGACAACUUAGCCGCAGGGCUGGUGGGAGGAGCCGGCGUCGUCCCCGGUGAAAGUUACAGUGCAGAAUACGCCGUAUUCGAGACUGGUGCCCGUCAUCCGUUUGCUCAGGCAGUUGGUCGGAACAUUGCCAACCCCACUGCUAUGUUGCUGAGUGCUGCUAACAUGCUCAGACACCUAAACUUGGAAUAUCACUCCCAGAUGGUGUCAGACGCUGUCAAGAGGGUCAUCAAACAGGGCAAGGUGCGGACACGAGAUCUCGGCGGUUACUGUACCACUGGCGAUUUUAUGCGUGCUGUUGUGGAAAAUCUGCGCCACCGCCCCGUCUAAUAAUUCCAUCCCCUUGACUAUUUGACCUUGAACAUGUAUUCUCUCCUCACUGUGCCUUUUGCUGUCAAAUCUCAUUAAACUUGAAUGAUUCAUUCAUGUUUUGUUUGCUGACAAAGUCUCUCAUGCCUUCUGGAGAACACCACUGUUACUUUUGUGUUUACAUCUCGUCUCACCAUGUAUCAAGUGAUUCUUGUAUACAUGAGUCAGCGGAUGCUCCUCUGUUGACACAAAUAAAAGUGCUUACACUCACAACCUAAAACUGUGUCUAGCUAAAUAUGAAAGUGUGUGUCAAUGCUAUCCUUGUCCUUUGGUGCUGUUCCUAGGUCAGUCAAUAUAGACAAUGUUUGAAGCAUGUCCCCUUUUACCUUACCCUUGUUACAAUUAUGAAAGAAAACAAACACCUUUUAGUGAUCAGUGGUGAAGUCCAUAUUUCCAUCUUUCAUUUUACUUUUACUGCUUUAGUGCUACUCCAGACAAGCAUAAGAAGUUUAUUUGAUAUGAGAUGGAUUGUAUUUUUUUAUCAAUUGUUUUCUGCUUAUCUAAGGUCUGAUUGUGGGGGCAACAGGGGAAGUAAAGACUUCCCUCUCCCCAAAACCCCCCUUCAGCUCUUCACUGAAUUUCCUUGUCAAGCGAGAGGCCUCAUAUCUCCAGUGUGUCCAGGGUCUGCCAUGAGGUGACUCUUGUCAGGAAACAUCCCGACAUGAGUCACAGUCUCUGUGGAGGAGCAGAGGCUCUGCUCUGACUCUCUCUGAGAUGACCCUCUAAGAGAGUGCCCAACAGAGAAAACUCUUGUUUGGUCUAACAAGCUGGUGACCACAGGUGAAAUGUGAAAUCCACUGGUCAGUGGAGAGCUUUGUCUUCUGGCUCAGCUCUGUCUUCACCUUGAUGGAGUCCUUCAGACUGAAGAUGCUAAACUGAUCUGUCUAUCUCCAUCCUCACUCCAGCUGGGGAAGAUCUCGUCUCCAGGCUGGGCUUGACAGUCCUCCCUUUCCAUUAUUUUGUUCUCAUUGUGGAGAGUGGCUUGCAUUUCAUCGAUGUGCUAGUGAAACCUUGUCUAGAUGGUGCUCUGUUGAAAAAGUCUUCUUGAACUGAUCAGGGUGCUGUUGUUGAUGAGAUUUGUGCAGAUAAAAACUUUAAUUCAGCUGACGCAGGUCUGGUGAUGCAAUUAAUAUGCUGGUGUAUUGUGUGUGCUUGACCCUCACCAUGAUUGAAAUAUUUUCCUGUCUGCAUAUUUAAAGGGCAGAUGACUUCCUGCUGCCAGCGACACUGCCUGAUGACAAGUGUUGCAGCAGCUGCU